AUGUCGUCGCCAACCGCUGCCUCUGCCCCGUCGUCACCUUUAUGCUUCCCCUCUUCUCCCGCCUCCAUCCCCCAGAAAAAGUCUUCCUCUCGUGGUGACCUCGCUCAUCGGAACCCAGCAAAGCCAGCAGACAUGAAGUUCGGAAAGCAGAUCCAACGGCGCCAGCUCGACCUUCCCGAGUAUGCUGCUAGCUUCUUCAAUUACAAAGCUCUUAAGAAGCUCAUCAAGCAGCUCAGCGCAACACCGACCAUCCCGGCACAGAGCUCGCCCAUGGACCCGGCGCCCGAGCUCCUCGAUCCACAAGCUGCCCUUCGUGCAAAUAAGGAUGUCUUCUUCUUUCGUCUGUUCACUCUGCGCCUCAAAACUCUUCUCGAUAAAAGGAGAUUGAUACAGUCGAAAAAAUGGGUUUCCAAUUCAAGGGCCCCUACAAAUCUCGUCACCUUGGUUGAAGGUUUUCAGCAGUUCGAUGGAGACUUGAACAAACUUCAACAAUUCGUCGAGAUCAAUGAAACGGCCGUCUCGAAAAUCCUGAAAAAGUGGGAUAAAACUUCAAAGUCACGCACAAAAGAACUGUAUCUCCACCGCGCUGUGGAAGUACAGCCAUGCUUUAAUCGGGAGGUUCUGCGAGAUCUAUCCGACAGAGCAACGACCUCAAGAUUGGAUCUCGAGGCCUGGGCGGAAGGAGAAAAUAUUCAAUUCGAUGCCUCGCGCUUGGCAGAUCGUGUGGUUGCGACUGCUGAGGAGGACGAUUCUGACCUACAGAUCCUGCAAACCACAUCUACCGGCAACUACCAAACGCUCCGGGAAUGGAUUUCGAAACUGCAAUCGUCGCCGGACGCGGCGGAUCGACUCACACGUAUAUUCCUAGCUGCGAUUAACGAGUAUCCGGAUGAAGUUUUGGCCCUGCUUCUUGACACGGGCCUCGUGGAUGUGAAUGCGGAGGAUGAUAUUAAUGAACGCAACUGUCUCCAUGAAGCAGCUAUAUCUGGUCGCCUUUAUGUACUUCAGGCCGGGCUGGAGCGCGGAGUCGAUGUAUCGCGAUCAGAUGUAUACGGAAGGAUACCUCUUCACUAUGCCUGCAUGCAUGGCAGAGUUGAGAUGGUGAAAGCGCUCCUCGAAGCGGGCAUUGCUACAAUCGAUUUGAUGGAUCAUGACAACUUCACCCCACUGAUCCACAGUAUAAUCCGGGACCAGCUACCCUGUGUGGAACAACUUCUUACCCACAACGCUCGCAUAAACCCGACGUCCGAGUCGGACCAUAUUCCCCUAAAUCUGGCUUGUCAGCAUGCCUCCUUGCCGAUUAUAUCCUUGCUUCUAGAAAGGAAUGCCAACCUGCUCCCUGACGCCGAGGGUUUGUACCCGCAACAUCUCGUUGCAAGGUCGUGUCGAGAUCCCGAAGUACUUUUUCUGCUCAAAAACCAUGGCGCCGAUCUUGACCAAAAGGACAAGCUUUAUCAAUGGACGCCCCUUUUCCAUGCUGCAAGUGAGGGAUGUGUUAAUUGUUUGAGGGCGCUGCUGGAAUGCGGUGCAAAUCCUGAUGCACUUGAUGAGAAAGGGUUGUCUGCUAUGUACUAUGCCGCGUGGGAAGGCCACUUGGAGUGCAUGAUCUUGCUGUGGUCGAAACGCUCUGGCUCAAAACCGGCACGGACGCCAUUGGAUAUGCUCAAGAGUCCCAGAUUUCGAGAUUCGGGUUCGAUGACUUCCCCACACCUCGCAGAACAGUCAGGAACUAUGAGAGGCAUGGACGCUGGUGACGGCAUUCCUGACCUAUCUCUACCUCCUCCUAUUAUCCCGUUGCGCCGAUACGGCCAUAAUUUCCUUGACACUAAGACUUUCAUACAAAUACAUUUUGACCCAACGCCAUCUUCUGAACCUAUCGUAUUCUAUCAGUCCGGCCGCUACGCUGCAGCUCGCUUAACUAUUUCCUCGAAAACGUCAGAUCUUAUACCUCGAAAUGUGAUGCUUCCGAUUCAAGAUGAUUCGCGUCUUGUGUCUUUCCAAAUCGACCGACUGGAUACCUUUGCGCUCGAGUUUGAAAUAUUUCCUACGUUUGGAUCUAAGGUUAUUGCGAAAACAGUUGCGUUGCCGGAUGUGUUUCUGGGAGGUGGCGCAUCAGAAGGAACCUGCGCUUUGCCUCUUUUUGAUCCCAGGUUACGAGCAAUCGGGGAGAUCCGCUUCAAGUUUCAGGUCAUCAAACCUUACCACGGCAACCCGCUCGAGAUCACACAUUUCGCGACAUACUGGAAAGCGACAGGCGCUCUUGAUUCAGAUCGUAACGGCCUGGUAACUGGCUCGAGUCUUUCAGGAGAUUACGUCCAGGUAUUUGUCCAAUUGACAAAGGACUGCGUCCCCGUCCUCUAUCCAGAAUUCACUGUCAACCACCACGGAAUCGACAUCCCAAUCUGCCGCUUAUCCUUCGACCAAUCCCGAGCCAUCCACGCCGCAUACCUCUCCCAGACCAGCUCAGCCGACUCAGCCCUGCUCAAAUCCCUUGAAGCAAUGACGGUGGAUGACAUGGCGCAAGCGCAUCGGCUCCUCGCGAUAUCCUUCCUCUCUCUGCGCGAAGUCCUCCAACACCUCCCGACAAACAUACACAUCGAUCUGUGCAUCCUGUAUCCGUCGCCGGCGGAGGAGGUGAAACUGGGCCUCGGCCCGUUGAUGGAUAUCAAUACAGUUGCCGACGCGAUUUUGACAGAAGUGUUCCACCAUGCGCGGGUGUCAAAGGAGUCGACACCGGAUUUCAUGCGGUCGGUUGUCUUUACGUCUUAUAAUCCGAAUAUUUGCACGGCGUUGAAUUGGAAGCAGCCUAAUUACCCUGUUCUUCUUUGCAAUGAUCUGGGCCAAAUACGUGAUCUGACGCAGGAUAUCUACUCGCAGCCUGUUAUUCGCAGCAGUGGGCGGUCGUCAAUGUCUAUUAAGGAGUCGGCGCGGAUAGCGCAGAGUAAUAACUUUAUGGGACUGAUGUGUCGGUCGAGUCUGCUGAACGUCAUGCCUUCCCUCGUCGAAUCGAUCAAGGAACUAGGCCUCGUCCUUGUUGCAGACACGUCCGAUGAAGUGCUGGAUAAGAGUCGUUUUGGUAUCGGGACGCCAUCAUCUUCAGCAACAACAGCAGCAGCAGCAGCGAUAUCCAAUAACAAAAUAAGUGGUGGUCGUGGCGUUGAGGUUGGCGUUGCUGCUACUGCUGCUGCUUCUUCUUGUUCUCCUUCCGCCAUGGGUGGUGGUGGUGGGUCGGCGGAGUGGGCGUAUAGGAUGCCCGAAGGCGUGAAUGGGGUUAUGAGGAGUAAUGGUGUGCUGCGAUUUAAUGAUACGAUUGAUAUGUGA